UACAACGCUGAAAACGAACAAAGCAGACCGGCUGCGACUUUUUGCCAGCUGCGACUCGUUUUGUUGGGGGCAAAAAAAGCUCUCUCGUACCAAAACCCUAAUUCUCCGAUCUUCUUCUUUACGAAUCCUCGUCUUCGCUCAAAGAAAAUGGCCGAUUCUCCUCGCAAAAGGGAGUCACAGUCCCCUUCCCCUUGGAGAGCUCAGUCCAGGUCCCGAUCUAGAUCAAAACCCAGAGAAAGAUCCAGGUCCAGGUCUUGGUCUAGACCUAGGUCCAGAUCUAGAUCCUGGUCCAGGCCAAGGCCCAGAUCCCGAUCCAGAAGUCGUGGCAGAUCGAGGUCCAGAAGUCAUGGCAGGUCCGAUGUCAUUGUAAACCCUGGAGAUACACUUUACGUAACUGGCCUCUCUCAAAGGGUCUCAGAAAGGGACCUUGAAGAUCACUUUGCUAAGGAGGGAAAGGUGAAAUCUUGUUUUCUUGUCGUGGAGCCUCGUACGCGUGUUUCCCGAGGUUUUGCUUUUGUUACAAUGGAAACUGUCGAGGAUGCCGGCCGUUGUGUUAAAUAUCUCAACCAAUCAGUUCUAGAAGGUCGAUAUAUAACUGUGGAAAGGUCACGGAGGAAACGACCAAGAACUCCUACACCAGGACACUAUCUUGGAUUGAAAAGUACUAGAGACUAUGGCUAUCGUGGGGAUCGUGGUGGUGAUCGUGGUGGGGACCGCGGUAGGUAUCGUGGACGUGAUGACUAUGGAUAUCGUAGAUCUCCAAGGCGUUCACCAUAUCGAGAACGUCGUGAUUAUUCUCCAAGACAUUCGCCCCAUGGUGGAAGGUCAAGGAGGGACAGGUCCAGGUCACUGCCUUAUUCUCCUAGCCCGGAAAGGAAAUAUGCUCGUGGUUCUAGGUGAUGCUUUUAGGCUUUGGUAUCCUUUGCAGAGGGGGGAGAGAGGGAGAAUUAGAAGUUUGUGAACCAAUUAUGCUAUUGUAAUGAUCUUUGGUUUGCAUGACCUAAGCAGAUUCUCAUGUUUGUUUGAACUGCUUGUUAUCAUGUCACAGUUGUGUUGCUGCUGAACCUUAAUUCAAGUCAUUGCCUCUUUUAGACUUUUAGUAUUAGGAUUGUUGCUUUUAGUUGAUGGCUUGGUGUGUGUAGCUUGAAUUAAACCUUUUCUUAAUAUUAACCUUUAUUUGAUCUGUUUGCGCACUAA